AGCUCCUUAAAAUGUAAGCAGUUCCGAAGAGGAGGAGUAAAAGAAAAGUCAACUGGGCUCACGCUGGCUUUUCUAGAGACUAGAUGCGCAGCCUAACCCCCGUCCCCCCUCCGCCGCCGCCCCCGCCCCCGCCCCCGCGCCUUCCUGCAGGUGAUGGAGACGCUGUAAAGGACGAGGUACCCAGGUCCCGCCUCACGGGAGAGGUGGGGCGAGAACCUGGAACCAGGCUGCCCUCUGCCGGCGAGCCUGUGGAAUCGGCGCACGGUGGAGGAGUGCGGGGGCGGGGGUACCAGGCGCCAACUUCAGCCCCGCUCAACCGUAACCCGACGCCCCUCUGAACACCUCUCAGAUGGGGCGCAUCGCCAAAAAAGGGGACACGGGGUCUAGGGAAGGGCGGGCCCUACGGUCUCACUGAGAUGGGUCAACAGACGGUCCGAGGCUGACGCAGUUGUACCUUUGAUUCAUCUAACCCCCUGCUUUGCGUUCACGUCUUCCGCAGCUUCUGCUCUGGCCUCGCCUGGGGAGGGUCUGCGGGAUCAGGCCCCGCCGGGGUCUUCAGCGGGUCCAGGGAGGCCCAGAGGGGCAGUGCGUAAUUGGGUGCAUGAGAGUGGCCGGUCCUGGAAGUCUAAGGCUUCCCUCGGACUCCCAGGCUCCUAGCCCGAAGCCGGGGAAGAGCCCGCGCCGGGAGGAGGGACGCGAGGUCCGGAGGACGAGGAGCUCCGGAGGACGAGGAGCGCUGGCGGCCCCGCCCGUCGCAGUCCUUCUCCUCCCGCUCGCCUUCCCCGCGGCCGCGAGGGUCGCCAGAGAUGCAAGGAGCGGGUGGGGGACGGGAGCGGGAUGGGGCCGCGCCCUUGGACACGUAGCCCCCUCCGCGGACCUGACCUCACCUCGGGCCUCCGCCGUCGGGCUCCGCCGACUGGCGCCGCAGGGCGGGCCCCCUGGGGGCGGGCGGAACCGCGGGGACCCUCGAGAAGCACGGUUCAUGCCGAAGCGCCUCGGGAUCCCCGAGACGUCGGACAGCCCCGAGCGCCCUGCUGCCCUCCUGCACCCCCCAGGGGGUCCCAUCGCCGCCCUCGUGGGACCCGGGGGCUGUCGGAGGAGGCGCCAGCAGUCCGGGUGGCGGGGCACGCUGUGCACACCCCGGAUCGCAGCUGCCGGACCGCCCGCUUUCGGAACCAAGCCCCUGCUCAGGCUCCUCGUACUGACUGGGACAGGGGAGAGGUUUUCAGCUCAGUUCGAGCCCUGGUGUCCUAAGCAUCAGCCUGUCCUUUCUGCGCCCGAGGAAACGGGCAGAGGGGGCUCGGAAGGACCCGCUGUCGCCCAGAGGAAGGGACGGUGUUGUCACCUGGCUGCCUCCCCGACGACCUCGGAACUUGGAGUGGGAAGGGGGAGGGUGCACAGCCUUGAUUCAGCCCAAGAAAAGGAGUGGCUUUCUCCCCCACCCACCCCAGGGGAAAAUAAACAGUGUCUGGCAUUUUCCUGCAUUCCUGAUUUUUAACCAAACUAUUGUUGAAGGUUGGCCACCAAGGGCUGGGUUGGAGGACUUCCCCUCCGGAGCAAACCUACCCACCCCAGGCCCUGGGCGGAGUAGGCACCUCCCCCAGCCAGCCCUCCAGGAACAAUGCCCCUUUGUAGCCUGCCUUCCUAGCCCGAGGCCACCCCUCCACGCCCAGGCCUCCCACUCAGAGGACUCCACUGGAGCUUCACUGUGCUUCCAGGUCCCUGCCUGGGAAGGAAACAAAGUGACCUUCCUAAUUGCUGGGGGUAGUGGAAGGGAAGGGAAGAGUGCCUGUGCUUUGAGUGUCGGCAGGCACCUGGCUCCUCCCUGCCAGCCUUGUCCGGAGGAAUUCUUAUUCUCAGGUUCUGUACCUGAUGCGAGGUCCACAGUUGUGAAACGGUAGGGGGGUCCCAAACCCAGCCCUGUUGUGUAGAGAAAUUAUGCAUACAUAUGUACACGCCUGUAUACAUGUAUGAAUAUAUACACACAUGCGUUUUUACACACACGUAAAUUAAUAUAUGCAUUUAUACGUGUACAUUUUUUCCUUUCCACCACCCAGGGUUGAGAAUUAAUGGCGUUUUGAUGUUGUUCCCUUUCCGUCUAGAGCCUCCAAAACCGCGGCUGGCGUUUGCUUGACAGUUCUUCUGUGUGCCCCAGGAAGGAACACCUCCCCACUCCCUCCUUCUCCCAUCUCCCUCUUUCAGCUGCCCCACCUCCCCGGCGCAGGCCCCCUGCCUCCUCAUUUAGAUCGGAGAGGCAGUGCCUUCUGCUUGGGUGUGCCUCCCGAGUGGUCCUCUCCCUUCAGGCUCUGGCUUGCCCGUCCUCCCUCAAUACUCCUGCCAGUGUCUCGGUCCACUGCCAAGGCCUGGGAGGACCUGGUCCCUCCCAUCUGCUCCGCAAAAGGGCAGAACCUCAGGGGUGCUGGGAAUAAUGGUUACCCUCUCCACCCUGGGCAACUGUUGGCAGCCUCCACAGGCAUUCACACAAGCUAGAGCCAGUCCCGGACCAAAGAUGACUGCCAAAGCCCGGAGCAGUGGAUGCUGGCUAUGGGGUCACUGAGGGACCACAGACUGCAAGGUUGUUGUGAAGAGUAAAUGAAAUAACACAUUUGAAAGUUUCCGAAGUACAUCAAGUGCUUAGUAAGUGUUCAUUUCAUUGUCGGCAGUUCUAUUAGAAAUGAAGCCAGAAGAGGAUUUCCAUCAUUACAGGUCAAAAAACCUCUGGAAAUGCGGUCCAUCAAGGUCUUUGGGCCCCUCAAGCAGGACCUAGAGCUAUUUUGAAAGGAGGACGUGAAGGGGGAAUGAGGACUGGGGGUUCAGGGACUUCCCUCCUUCUUGUUUCCUGUUGAAAACAGAAGGUGCAGAAGGAAAAAACAUGGUUUUCUGGUGCAGAAGGAGAAAACAUGGUUUUCUGGUGCAGAAGGAGAAAACAUGGUUUUCUGGCAGCAUGAGUAUGUUUUGGCAACAUUUAAAAAAUUGUCCCCUUUUCUGAUCAAUGGGCUCAACUCCGGUCUCCCCCUCCCUUCCUUCCUGCCUUCACCCCUUCCUCCUUCUCCUCCCUCUUCCUCCCCACAUUUCCUCAUCUGAAACCUGGCAGUCAGAAUAAUUCAUAGGGUCACAAGAAGGGCUAAGUGGGAUAACACAGUCAAUAAAUCAGCCCUCUCUCCUUUAAGCGGUCUCUUAUUUUCCUCGUCCCCGUUGACUUCUAAUUCUCCCAGCUCCUCCGUCCCCUUCUGCACAGAGAUGGAAAGUGAGGCUGGACCAGGCCCAGAGACAAAGGGUAGGUCUGGGAAAUGUGUGGUGCCUUCAUGUCAUUCCACCCUAUUUGGAUGAUUGUCAUCAUGAUGGGCUGCUAAUAGCUUGUCACCUAGCAAGCUCCUACCAGCGGCAUUGAAGAGUAAACAGCUCCUGAAUUAUUUACUUGUAGGAACUUUUCACUGGGUGUGUGGUCACAGCAUGGAGUCCUAGAGUAAAUAAACUCAAUACUGUAAUUUGAUUCAUUUUGGGGUCGUGCCUAAACUCAACAACAUUAAAAAUGUACCUGUCUGUGCUGAGGACUCCUUGGGCAGGUAGAUGAAUGGACUUGCCGUGUUCGUCUUAGUGCUUUGUUUGGGCUUAGAGAGCUGGCUUCUCCUUUUGAGGAAGUUAGGGCCUAAAUGUUCUAGCGUGCUAUGGGAAAGGCAGUCCUGGUCCAGGGCUAUGGCUGGCUGUUCUGGCACGUCAGCAUUCCCCACCCCUUACUCCCCACGAUGUUGCCUCCUUUUAUAGUUCAAUCUGGAUCAAUGGCUUGGAAUUGGUUCAUUCAGCAACCAUUUACUAUGAUGCCUGCACAAGCUGGGUGGGAGGGGUGGUAAUAAAGACAAGACCCCUUGCUCAGGACAACUCUGAAGGGCUAUCCCGGCUUCAGAGCCCCCCAAGGGCCUGCUGAGUCCUUUGCUAUGACAGCAGCAGCCCACCCUUUCCUUUGCUUGAUGCUGUGUCCUUACAUCCCCUUUCAGGUGAUGUCCCUGAUCUCCUCAGUGACCUUCCUUCAUGCUGAUCUCAUGUCAUCGUCUGAUUCCUGAUUCCCAAGCUCAACGUGGAGCUGCCUGGAAGGUGGGCUGAGACAGACCGGGGUUUAAAUCCUGGCUCUAUCACUUAGUACCUAUGUAAUUUGAGCACUCAAGAACGCUCCUCGAUUGAGAUGUGUCUAGAGGGUCCUGACAGACCCUCCGAGAUGGGUCUGAGGUGUUCUGCUGAGCCUCAUAGGAUGCGAAGGACCAGGGAAGUCAUGACGCCUCUCCUAGAGAGAGAUGACCCGUGGUCAUAACAAGAAUGCCUUUGGAAAGACAGACCUUCAUUCUUGCUUCCAUUUGGCAUCAGUCCCAAGGGCCUCCAUCUGUUUUCUCAUCUGUGCCCGUGCCCCACGAGCAAAUCUGCACCAUCUUCUUCUUCCUCCUUUCCUGCUCAGGGGUGAAGACAGCUCACAUCCUGGUCUGCGACCUCCAUCCUCCUGCAGCUGGCCCUGGAAGGCUGCAGCUGCUUUUCUGCAACUCUUGCAAAUGAGUCUAUGGUUUACAACAGCACAGAUGGCAAAUGACACAUCAAAUGGGAGAGGGCAGUUGGUUGGGGGUCUGCCUCCAGCUCUGUUGUUCCAGAGUCCUGGGAUCCAGUC